CAACCCUGAUUUUGAUGAGAGAGAGAGAGAGAUCUUUCCUCCCUACCAAAGAGGGGGUACUGACUGCACCAACUCUACCAUUGAAAGUAAAAAGUAAACAAAAGCCUCUCAUAAAGAAAAUGGUCCUAGGAUUUCGUCCUGGCCUGCAGGCUGCAGCUUCUACAGAUGAGUAGUAGAUUACAUAGUGAAAGAAGAGACAACAGAGAAAGAGAGAAUCCUGCCAAAACAGAGGAAGUUGAAGCAAUAAAGCACCAAUUCUCAUCGUCGUCUCUUUUGCUUGCUUGGUCCCUUUGUCUGAUCUCAAGAUAGGAAGAUAGAUAAAUAUCAGAGGAGAACAGAUAAAAAAAAAGGCCUAUUCUAACACUAUCAGAGCCACAAAUGGUGCAAGGGAAUCCUAUUACCAAGACAAAGAAGUUCUUACGCAAUACCAUCCAAAGCUUUAAGUCCCUAUUCCUAUCUGGAGGUGGUGGAGGGUACGAAAGGCUGCCCAAAUCACCUCCUUCCAAUCCUUUCUCUUGCGCUGGUGAAGAUUCAAUAAUAACCCAUCAAAGUUUCAGAGAAUUGGAUAAAUUUUACACAGACUUCACCAAGCAAUGGGACUCCAAUCAAGAUAAGGCCAGGAAGAAAAACAAGAAGACAGCCAUGGCGACCAAAGAGCCCAUGAAGGAAGGAGAUGUCUACAUUAAUGGAAGCUUCAUGAAAUUCGUAAAACAGAGCACUCCGGCCAAGAGCAAGAACGAAGAUAGAAGGAAAGAUAACGAGAAGAGAUCGAUAAUUAGAGCCAAUGGAGGACGAAAACAAGGACAAUCAUGUUCUUCUGGUGUGAGAGAGCGAGGGAGUUACUUGAUGGCGCAAAAGCUGAGGGAGCUGGAGAUGAUGGACGUGAACGAUGUAGAUCAUGCCCUGGACAUAGAAGAGGUAAUCCAUUACUACUCUCGUCUUACAUGCCCGGCUUACCUCGACAUUGUUGACAAGUUCUUCAUGGAAAUGUACUCAGAAUUGUUCACACCGCUGAGUUGAUAAGAAUAAUCCCACCGCAGAAUUCCUAGACUUUGGUUACUGAUUACUUGGUGUAUCUUGAAUCAGUCUCUGUUUCUCUUGUUUUCAAAUAAUAGAAUUGAUUGGUGCAUUUUUCCUGGAAGAGAGAAGCUGCAAGCUUGUGGGGAUCUGUGAACAUUACAGUUGCAACAUCUUUGUUUGCUCAUUGGUUCAUUUGCUAGAUAGUUUACAGGGAUAAUGAGAUUAAUUCUGCCUUCGUUGUGGAUCAGAAAUCUUCUUGGUUUCUUUUUUU